CCACCUCAGCAUUGGCUCCUUUUGAGCUUCGGUUCUGGCGUCGCCUUGGAUAUCCGCGCAGCUCCUAGGGGCUAGGGUAAUUGACAGCUUCCACAGACAUCUUGUAAAGGGCGAUAUAUUAUCACUAUAACUUUGCACAUGUGCAGAAACUAACCUUGCAUCCUCCAUGAACAACCUGAAUGACCCUCCAAGAUGGAACAUUCAACCAGACCCAAGAGAAAGGGGGGAAGGAGGCACAGAUGGCAACCAGUGGAACUAUGCUCUGCUGGUGCCUAUGCUGGGACUGGCUGCAUUUCGUUGGAUCUGGACCCGGGAGUCUGAAAGAGAGAUUGAGAAGGUCAAAACAAAGUAUAACAAGGAUGUGUUUUUGGUAAAAAGUGAGUUGGAGUCACGAUACGAGGAGACAUUAACAGAGAGGCGCCGAGCAGUGGCUGCCUUGGAGCUGGAGCUUGAGAAGGAGAGACAGAGGGUGAAGGGCUACAAGCAGGCCAUGAUCUCCCAGAGCCAUCUUUUGGUAGAAGAACGGAAACGUUUACAGCAGGAGCGUGAGUGGUUGGAGAAAGAGAAACAAAGUUAUAUCAAGUCUGGAGCUGGAAAGGCUGUGCUGCAUCAAGCCGUGGAACAACAGACUGAGUGGUUCCAGAGAGCCAUCGCCACACUGCGAGAGCUCGAGGCUCAACUUGUGGAGCGUCAGAAUGCCUACUGUUCUCUAUUCCUGCCUCGAGACAAGCGCCUGGAGAUGGAGAGAAACAUGCUGCUGAAGGCCGUCAAAGACCCUGUCACGGAUGACCUUGAUCUAGAGGCCGAUCUAAAAGAUAUUUUUAAUAGGGAUAAGCAUUGUGCGAACUUGAUGAACAUGGAUAAGAAAAAGAACGGAAGUCUCAUGUGGGUGUAUCUGAAGUACUGGCACUUGCAUGUCACUGUUCAGAAACACAUGAGAACUGAGGCGGCCAUUCGAGGGGAAGACAUUGAGCCAUCAAAAAAAUGAUGACAAGAUGCGGCAAUGAUUUCCUUUCGACUUGUGGAUCACAACUGGAAUAUGCAUGAAGUUCUGAUCUAGAUGUUUAGAUAAUACAUUUUGUCACAUUAUUUAAAUAUGCUUCAAAGGGAGUUCUAAAUUUAAGAUUCCCCAAAUAAUAAGACUCCUUAUCUUAAAUGCACUCAGAUGAUAUCCACAUUGGAUGCACAAUCAGAUCUUAAAAUCUAAUAUUCUUUUGUCAGUGUGUGUGUGUGUGUGUGAUUAUCUAAUUUUCUGUUUGUGCCAUGGAAUCUAAUGUUAAUAUCCUGACUCUUUGUUCAUCUUAAUGCAAUGAACUUUGGAUAUCAACAUUUAGUUAGAUUCUGCUUGAUUUAGUUAUUUUACCAUGAAAUUGAGUGAAAUGUGCCGAUGCUUAUUCCUCUCAAGCUCAGUGAAUCUCCCUUUCAGAGCCUGCUAAGCUUUCAUUCAUGAUACUUCACAGAAGAUGAUGCCUCUAAUUGAUCAAUUGGGCAAGUAUCAGAUGAGUGCACAAAGAGCUUAUUUGGUGAACACGACGGCUGAAGUAACACUUCAACCUACAUACAAAGAAAAUGUGAAGUUGCCAUUUUCUUAUCACAACAUAAUUACGUUUUAGUUCUGGCAAUAUUCUGGUGAGUGCUUGAUUUUGUGUUCAGAUGCACAGAUUUUACACACAAUAAAGCCUUUGUGUGGGAAUACGA